AUGGCUGGAGACACUGUGAAGUUGUUAGGGUUCUGGGGAAGCCCUUAUGCCCUCAGGGUUAAGUGGGCUUUGAAACUGAAAGGGAUCCAGUACCAGUAUGCAGAAGAGGAUCUCCAAAACAAAAGUCCCAUGCUCUUGCAGUACAACCCUGAGACAAAACCCCAUGCCCUAACGGCGAGGGGAACGCUAGCACCAGGAGGGGGAGACGUAGAGCCUCCCCCCCGGCGAAACGGAUCUCAACUGAGUUUACUCUCUCUCUCUAGAAAAUACAGACAAUCUCUCUCUAGAAAGAAGGAGAAGUUACGUUCCUUGGCAGAGUCCCUUGUGAUUAUUGAAUAUAUAGAUGAGGUAUGGAAGCAAAAUCCUCUGCUUCCACAAGAUCCAUAUGAAAGGGCCAAAGCGCGGUUCUGGGCAAAGUUUGCUGAUGAAAAGUGUGUGCCAGCAAUAAUGUCUGCAUUUAGCAAAACGGGGGAAGAGCAAGAGAAAGCUGCGAAAGAAGCUCGCGAGAAUUUGAAGACUCUAGAAAGUGGUCUCGAGGGGAAGCACUUCUUUGGAGGCGAAACAAUAGGCUUUGUGGAUAUUGCUGUUGGCUGGCUUGGAUGCUGGGCUCGAAUGGUGGGGGAAAUCGUGGGCAUAACCCUGAUUGAUGCAGAGACCAUGCCUUUACUCGAUGCUUGGUGUCAAGAUUUUCUUGAGGUUCCUAUUAUCAAAGACUGCAUGCCACCUCAAGAUAAAUUGCUAGAGCUAAACAAGAGCUUUCACAAAAUUUUGACUGCUGCAUCGAAUUGAAGUUAAAAAAUAUUUCUGUGCACAUGCUUGCGGUGUGCCUCCAUAUGGUGUUUGAAGGAUUGCUUUUUUGAUAAGUAAGAAAAUAUAGCAAUAACACGGCAACGCUGUGUGUGGGAAUCGA